UCGGGUUGUAAUAACCUUGCCUGGAAUUAGUUGCAUCCGGGUGAAGCAGUUUAAGGUCCCUCUCCCUUUUUUCCCCCCCACUCGACUUUUGUUCCAAGCGUCUAAAAGACAAUGUACGGCUCGUUGCGAGUGAUGUUGCAAGUGCUGUGGGCCCAGCUCCUCCUGUGCGGCUGGGUGCUGUGCUCCGAGCUCACGUUCGAGCUGCCCGACAACGCCAAACAGUGCUUCUACGAGGACAUCACCACCGGAACCAAGUGUACGCUGGAAUUCCAGGUUGUGACGGGCGGCCAUUACGACGUGGACUGCCGCCUGGAGGAUCCGGAAGGCACGACGCUCUACAAAGAAAUGAAGAAGCAGUACGACAGCUUCACCUUCACCGCCGCCAAGGACGGCACGUACAAGUUCUGCUUCAGCAACGAGUUCUCCACGUUCACGCACAAGACGGUCUACUUCGACUUCCAGGUCGGCGACGACCCGCCGCUCUUCCCCAAUGAGAACAGGGCCACCGCCCUCACCCACUUGGAGUCGACCUGCGUGUCCAUCCACGAGGCUCUCAAAUCCAUCAUCGACUACCAGACGCACUUCCGCCUGCGUGAGGCGCAGGGACGCAGCCGUGCCGAGGACCUGAACACGCGUGUGGCCUUCUGGUCCAUUGGCGAGGCCCUGGUCCUGCUGGUGGUCAGCAUCAGCCAGGUGAUCCUGCUCCGGAGCUUCUUCUCCGACAAGAAGACCACCACUACCCGCAUGGGAUCUUAACACCAUCUCCUGUCUUUUUUUUGUUUUUUGUCCACGCUUGGCUUUUUUUCAUAGAGCGUCUUAGAACAACUGAGAGAUUUGCAUCGUAUGCUUUUCUUCAGCUGCUGUUUUAAGACCCUGUAUGUGAAUAAGUCUUAUACAUAGAGAUUUGAUUGUGGCAUACAAAAAGAAAAGAUUGUGCUUUUAAAAAUCUACUACUGAACACAGGCGGCCAAGGCAAGCCCCUUCAGUGUUUGAAAUAAUUUGUUUUUUGUGUUCCUCUUUUAAUGCUGUCCUUUUUGUUUCUGAUUUGUUGGCCAUUUUCAGUCAAACUGCCUCGAAAUAGGGCAGAAAAAAAAGGGGGGGGGGGCGAGGGGUUGGUUGAUGUGAAGGGCUAACACUGGUGUUUGACCCAAAAAGAUGACUUUCUUUUUCUUUUAAAGGCUAUGAAUGUUAUAGUCUAACUAAAUGUAACAAAAAGAGAAAUAUAUCACGGGUUCAGUUUGCUCUACAACUAAUCUGGCUGGAAUGUUGUCACGUGAUUUGAGUGUUUCUGUGAUAUUUUAUUAUUGAAUAUGUUAGUUACAUGGUCUGCUGUUCCCAAUGGUAAACCUUUUUUAAUGAUGCUUCCACAGUUGUCAUAUUUUCAACAGAAAAUAGCAUAAUACAACAAUAUUCCCCCCCCCCCCCCCCCCCCAUCCUCAGAGUUGGUUUAUAAUGCAUUUCAAAAUGUUUCACAAACAUUUGUGCCAGUACGAAGGAAUUAUCACAGUCAAAGUGUUCUCGUAGUUUUUUUGUGUUUUUUUCAAUCCAGUCUAGUGAAAUUAAGAGAAUUUUUUGCAAUCUGUAUCGCAUACAUUGGUCUUUGGAAACCUAUAAGAAGGGUUAGGAUAUAGUAUUUUGUAUUCAACGCAGAACUCCAAAGUUGACCAUUCGAGAUGAAUUCAUAACCCUUCAUGUUUGGUGUCAGUUUUACUACACUGCAUGUGUCCACAGCUGGGUGAUUUUUUUUUUUUUUUUUUUUUUUUUUUAUAUAAAUAAACAGUUCAGAGGGCACUGGGGAUGUGUUAAGUUAUUGGAAUGACUGAAUAAACUCUGUUCAACUAUG